AUGCCGUUGCAUUGCUGCGUGCCUUGCUGUAACCAGCGUGGCGGGAAAGACUCCGAUGGAAACAAGGUAUCCUUCCUAGGAUUCCCAAACGAUUCCACUUUGAAAAAGAAGUGGAUCGUCGCAAUACGCAGGGAUGAAGGCAAGCACUUCAAAGUGAACAGACAUACAAAGGUGUGCUCAAAGCAUUUUGUGGCAGCUGACUUUUUCUCAAACUAUGUUUCGGGGACAAAACGGCUCAAGGAAGGCGCAGUGCCAAGCGUGUUCAAUUUCCCAUCAAAGCCUGCUGGGCCACGAAGGAAGCCUCCCAAAGAUCGCAGUGCACAGAAUACUUCCGGAGUCAUAGCUGAUGACGUUGAGAUGGGAAAUUCAUUCGUGGAGUCACAAGCACCUACGUGCACGCCAGGUUAUGCUGAAAUAACAAGCGUUAGAAACACUGAGAAGGAUCUGGAAAAGGAACUACAGGAAGUGAAAGAGGAGCUUAGAGUUACAAACGAGAAGCUUUUGCGUAGCGAAAGAAAGACCAGAUUCUUGGAAGACGAGCUGAAGCACACAAAGCAAGCGCUUUUGCGUGUCACCAGGGAGCUCGAACUGGCUCAGGAGACAUUGAAGAAGCUUGAACGGAAAGUCGGAAGGCAGUUCUCGGUAGAACGUUUCAAGUCCAAUGAUGAAGACAUGCGCUUUUAUACUGGCCUGCCAUCAUAUGCAGUGUUCACAAGUGUGCUAAAUUUUCUAAACCCUGGCGAACAUGGGGAAAACAUCAAGGCCUGGUCUAGAACACAGACAGACUCUCCCAAGAUGGGUAGACCAAGGAGCCUUACAGUUGAGAAUGAGUUUUUUUUGUUCCUCGUGAGGUUACGGCUCGGAUUGUUUGAAAAGGACCUUGCGGACAGAUUUUGUGUGUCAACAGCCACAGUGUCUAGGAUUUGCAUUACGUGGACAAGUUAUGCAUUUAUUCACCUGUCACAGCUACCUCUCUGGAUGUCAAAGGAAAGGGUGCAGGAAGAAAUGCCACCUGAAUUCAAAGACAAGUACUCCGCAACCAGGGUCAUCAUAGAUGCAACAGAAAUCAAAUGUCAGACAGCGAGUUCACUAGCUUUGCAGUCUGCGACAUUCUCAACGUACAAGUCGGCGAACACUUUCAAGGGGCUGAUUGGCAUUUCACCUGAUGGGACGGUAACCUUUGUGUCGAACCUUUUCCCCGGAUCCAUUUCUGACAAGGAAUGUGUGAGGCAGAGUGGCUUCCUAACCCUCCCAUUUGAUGAAGGAGAUGUUGUCAUGGCUGACAAAGGGUUCAGGAUCCAAGAAAUGUUGAACGACAUCAAGGUCACUCCUGAUUUGUCUGUGAAUGAUGUGUGA